AUGGGUGAAGCGCUGGUAUACCUGGUGACAGGAGGAUGUGGUUUCAUUGGGGAGCACAUUGUGGAGCUGCUGUGCAAGGAGGACUAUGUCAGUGAAGUCCGGGUCUUUGACUCAGUGGCAGGCGAGGAAGUGAAGAAGUUUGCCACAGCUACCACUUGUGUGACAGUGAUGAAAGGAGACAUCCGAGACUACGCUCUGCUCCUCUCUGCCAUGCGGGGAGUCCAUGUGGUUAUUCACACAGCUGCUAUUGUGGACUACACAGAUACUGUACCCUUUCGGGAAAUGAAAGCUGUCAAUGUUGCUGGUACUGAAAAUGUGCUGAAGGCCUGCUGCACCCUGAGCGUCCCAUAUGUUGUCUAUACAAGCUCCAUUGCUGCCGUAGGACCCAACACUCGACAAGAACCCAUGCUGAGCGGAACAGAAGACACCAAGUACAGUGGGGAAGUGGAACUGCCUUAUGGGAAGACUAAGGCCAUGGCAGAAAAAUUGGUACUUGAAGCCAAUGGAAAAGAGCUAAGCAAUGGUGGCAAACUUGCAACAUGCAUCAUCUGUCCAAAUACAAUUUAUGGGGAGAAGUAUCUGGUUCUAAAGGACUUGCAUACCUUGGCCAAAGCCAAAGGGGGUGUGUUGGACUACCUGGAACCCGAAGAUACAGAACGUAAUUGCACGUACGUAGGGAAUGUUGCAUGGAUGCAUGUGCUUGCAGCCCGGAUCUUGCAGCUGAAACCAGACGUACUUGCUGGGCAGGUGUAUUAUUCCUACGAUGACACCCCAACGAGGAAAGGCUUCCUAGUGAGAUAUCAGCUGUUGUCAGGGAUGGACCCCUCAAUAAGGCUAGGCUCACGCAUACCUUACCGGAAGCUAUGGUUACAAAUAUACAUUUAUAGGAUAAUCAGGAUCCUUUUGUACCCCUUUUGGAAACCACAGCCCUUCCUAAACUUGCCUCUGCUGAAUACAAUAACCACCACCUUCUCCUAUGAGACAGACAAAGCCUUCAGGCAUUUUGGGUACACCCCCCUCUACAGCUGGGGAGAGAGUAAACGCCGAACUACGGCGUGGUUAAAGUCAGCUACAAAGAACUCGAGAUCCCAUCAGCACCAUGGGAAGGAGACCUAG